AUGGCGCAGCGCUAUGUGCGCUUCAACGUCAAUGAACUUGCUCGCUGUGCUGCUGAGGCUGUUGGGGCAAAAGCAUGUGUCAGUGUCGCGAAGUAUCCUGACGGCAUGUACAACAAGAGUAUGCUGCUUACUAUGGACGACGGCUCUCGAGUUGUAGCCAAAGUCCCCAACCCGAAUGCUGGUUUACCUCAUUUUACCACGGCAAGCGAAGUUGCGACAAUGAGUUUCGCACGAAACGUUCUUGGAACUCCUGUCCCCAAAGUUCUAGCCUGGUGUUCCCAGGCCGACGAGACUCCGGUUGGUGCAGAAUACAUCAUCAUGGAAAGGGUCUCGGGAAUCGAGUUAGAACACGUCUGGCCAAGCAUGAAUAUAAAAGAUAGAUUUACUGUUGUCAAGGCCAUCGCUGCUUUUCAAAAGGCCUGGACGUCAGUCUCCUUCACGAAGUAUGGAAGCCUCUAUUUCUCGAAGGAUCUGAAAGACCCGCUCAGUAGCGAACCACUCUACAUCGACGCAAAUGGCGAUCAUAUCACAAACGAGAGUUUUGCUGUUGGCCCGUCAACAUCACGCGAAACCUUCGAUGGCGGCAGAGCGGCAAUCAACUUCGACAGAGGGCCCUGGAACUCUUUAGAAGCAUAUCAUGUCGCAAUCGGACAGCGUGAAAUAGCCUGCAUCAGCCAGAUUUCCGACUUACCUAAGUCUCCGAUAACCCUGUGCGGCCCAGGAACCUUUCGACCAACAAAAGCUAAGAAGUUGAAGGCCUUGCACUGUUAUCUUGACAUGAUACAAUAUCUGCUCCCGACAGAUCAAAAACUCUCGUCAGCCCAUCUCUGGCACGACGACUUACACGUUGCUAACAUUUUCGUCGACCCUUCUGAGCCUACUAAAGUUGUGGGUCUUAUAGAUUGGCAGUCAACAGAAACAUCUCCGCUUUACUUCCACGCCCGCCAGCCUCAUAUUAUUGACUAUAUUGGCCCACCCAUCAACGGUCUGGAGCGACCACAGCCACGGAAGGACUUGGACAAACUGGAGUCGUUUGCAAGAGAGCAUGCUGAUACGGUAUAUCUACAGCAAUCCCUCUGUUCACUGUACAACACCCUCACGAAUCACCAAAACCCACGGCUUUAUACUGCACUCCAAUUCCAACAUACGCAGAAGUAUCUGCUUCUAGUGUUAGCACGCAAUCUCCUUAUCGAUGGCGAGGCGACCUAUCUCUCACAGAUAGCUGAGCUAGAGUCAACUUGGAAUGACUUCUCGGCGGACAAAGACUCGACUUAUCCUUUCGCCUUUUCAGAUAAAGAACGAGAAGAGUUCGAGGCUGAUGUCGAAGGCGUAGUACGAGGUAUGGAAGUGAUGCGUUUGAUAAAAGACAGCUUGGGAGAACUAUUUCCAGAGCAGGGUAUUGUGAAGUCGGAUCAGUACGACGAGGCUCUGGACGCUUUGUCACAGAUGAAGGAUCAGAUCAUCAGUACAUUUGCCACCAAUAUACCUGAAAGAGAAGCCUGGGAGAAGGCGUGGCCGUUUGGAACUUGA